AUGGCAUCAAAUCCAACGAAGGAACAGUUCGAAAAAGAACAAAACAAAAUGGAAAAAGAAAUAGAAGCAAUGGAAUUUGAAUUGAAAAUGUGAGUGUUUUCGAAAAAACCCUUUGAUUUGUAUCAUUAAUUGAAUUUGUAGACGUCUAGAAAUGAUGGUUCUUCUGAACAUAUUGAUAAGAAAGGAACGAAACCUGCAAAAUGAAGAAGAUUUUGGUGUGAUGUAUGAUCGAUUUGGAGAAUUCUUUGAAAAUGCAAUGAAUGGAUUUAUAGUGACAUCAUUGAAGAAGAAAAACAUUGAUGCUGCUAGUUUAAAGAGUCAAGUAGCGCAGAUGGAAAAACAAAGGGAAGUAAUGAAAUUUGAAAUAAGAAUGUGAGUGUUUCUGAAAACAUCCCUAAGUUUGUAUAACUAAUUGAAGUUUUGUAGACGCAGAGAAAUGGUUGCUCUUCUAGGAACAGUUGAAGCAAGUAGAGAAGAACUAGACAAUGAAGAAGAUGUUGCUUGA